AACAGAACCCCACGCAAAAUCACAUCGAGUCAACGAGUGUGGGGGCGGUAGGGGUGUUGUCUUCGUCACAGUAAUCCGAUUGGGCUAAAUGCUUCCUCAAAAUGGGCUUUGAACUUCACACGAUAUACAGAAAUAGAAGACACAGCCGGUGGAAGUAUGCUAACUGUGGGAGAGCCUCAAUUCAAUUAUUAAAUUAAAGCAUGCACACUAAGCUACUUAUCUAGCUUAUUCACGAGCUCGCUUGGGUAGCCAGUGAAAUCACAAACAGAACUUCGCUAACUGUUCUAUAUCAAGAGGAGACUAGCUCGGGCUAGCAAUUCAACUAGCAGAUAGCUAACGUUACAGAUGCAGCUAUCAAACUACAGGUGGAAACUGAUAGCUUGCUAAAUUAUUCGGCUAGCUUGAAGCAUUGCAAGAUUGCACCAAACCAGACCUUUGAAUUGGCUAGCCCCUUGUGCCCCGAAGAAAUACAGGCUCACUGACCGCUAGCAAUCUUUUGAUUAAUUCAAAGACUGAGGGAAUGGACUUUACAUUGGACUUUGCGGCAGGAUGCAUAGGAGGUGCUGCAGGUGUUUUGGUUGGCCAUCCUUUUGAUACUGUAAAGGUACGACUCCAAGUUCAGAGUGUGGACAGACCUCUGUACCGCGGCACGUAUCACUGCUUCCAGUCUAUCGUACGACAAGAGUCGAUGACAGGGCUCUACAAAGGCAUCGGCUCCCCCAUGAUGGGCCUGACCUUCAUCAACGCCAUCGUGUUCGGUGUCCAGGGCAACGCCAUGCGCAGGCUGGGCCACGACACGCCGCUCAACCAGUUCCUGGCUGGGGCGUCGGCGGGCGCGUUGCAGAGCGUCAUUUGCUGCCCUAUGGAGCUGGCUAAGACACGCAUGCAGCUGCAGGGCUUGGGCGAGAGGAAGUCCAAGCAGAAGCUGUACAAGAACUCACUGGACUGCCUGGUGCGCAUCUACCGGAAGGAGGGCUUCUGCGGAAUCAACCGGGGAAUGGUGACCACGCUGGUCCGCGAGACGCCGGGCUUUGGGAUCUACUUCUUGACCUACGAUGUCCUGACGCGCCACUUGGGCUGCGAGCCCGACGACCCCUACAUGAUCCUCAAGUUGCUGUUCGCCGGCGGCAUGUCGGGCAUCGCCUCGUGGAUCUCCACCUACCCCGUGGACGUCAUAAAAUCCCGGCUCCAGGCGGACGGCGUGGGUGGCCACAACAAGUACAACGGCAUCGCAGACUGCAUGCGUCAGAGCAUGAAGCGGGAGGGCUGGCGGGUGUUCACGCGUGGCCUCACCUCCACACUGCUUCGGGCAUUCCCAGUCAACGCCACAACCUUUGCCACCGUGACUCUGUUCCUCAUGUACAUGCGGAACGACGAGGGCGGCAUCACAGACUGCGAGCCCCUACCCGCCCACUCCUCACUCACUGCGAGCCCACAGCAGGCCCAGCCCUCAAGCCUGUGACCUGGGGAAGAUGGUGCUUCUGCUCUGGUGACCCUUACUGGAGUGGAGGUGGUCCCACAGUGCACCAGUUAAGCUGCUGAGACCUGAGUGACUUGACCACUAGACAAAGGAUAUUUUUAUACAAUGUAUUUUAAGAUUGGAAAACUUUGGUUGUAAAUAUUUACGUGUCCCUUUUUGACCCUUGGUUUUGUACAGAGCAGCCUUUUUCCCCCUCUGCUUUCUUCCCCCAGUGACAAAUUAAUUAACAAUCACACUGAAAAAGUACUCAAAUUACUGAUCUGGUUACAAACAAAAACACCCUUAUACAUGUAUGUAUGCACAGCUUAGUAUAUUUAUAUUUCAAGGUUGGAGAAACGGAUUACAUGUAACAUAAAACUAAUCCGUUACCGGCAAAAUUAUUGUAAUCAGAUUUGAUACUUUUGAAUUCAGAAAGGAUGUUUGGGGCCUGGGAAAUCGGACUCCUUUCCAUUUUCUCCUGACAUUCAAAUCAGCAUUGAAAAAAGACGCAAGUUUAAAGAGAUACUUACAGAUUUGAUCUACUUCCCCAGAAUCAGAUGAACUCAUGGAUACCGUUCUUAAUUCCGUGUCCAGUAUGAAGGAGGUAGUUUCGCUAGCCAAUGACUGGAAGUCUAUGGGUAUCUGUUAGCAGAUGCCUAUAGACUUUGUCAUUAAAAUGCAACAUCCAUUCUGGCCAGCCCUUAACAUUGAUUUAUCAUUCAAUUGGUAAUAUACAUUUGUCUUCUAAUGCAUCUUAAGGGGAAAGUAACAAAGUUUGAGUAAUCCAAAAGUUACGUUACUGAUUAGAAUUUCACAUGUAACUAGUAAUUAACGGAUUAAACUACCCAACCCUGCUUAUGUAUGUCUGAAAAUAUGUACAGUCGUGGCCAAAAGUUGAGUGACACAUUCAUUUUGUCUGCUGCCUCAGUUUGUAUGAUGGCAAUUUGCAUAUACUCCAGAAUGUUAUGAAGAGUGAUCAGCUGAAUUGCAAUUAAUUGCAAAGUCUCUAUUUGCCAUGCAAAUGAACCGAAUCCCCCAAAAACAUUUACACUGCAUUUCAGCCCCUAAGAAAUGCGUGUAGUAAUGCUUCAGUAUUCCAUAGUAUCUGACAAAAAUAUCUAAAGACACUGAAGCAGCAGCACACUUUGAAAAUGUAUAUUUGUGUCAUUCUCAAAACCUUUGGCCACGACUGUACACAAGUGAAGCUUUCCGAUAGACAAACUGUGGAGUCCCUAAGGGCCCGUUCACAUUGCUUGCAGGGAAAAAACUAUGCCAGAAAGGAAGCCAUUUCAUUAGUUCUAAUCAAUGAUUCUGCUGGCUAGGACCAAUGAAAUGACUUCCUUGCAUAGAUGUUUACGGCGAGCAGUGUGAACGGAGCCUUAGGGCCCAUGAGUGAAGAUUAUCUUGAGUAACCAUUUUGGAAAGCCAUGGACAUUAGAGUUGGGUGUGACGUCUGCACUAGCUGGUUCCUGAUUACACAACUCUUAGUUCUUGAUAAUCCUAAUUUAAACACUCAGGGGCAUCAUGUCUGAGACCUUGUAAAGGUGGCUCCUUGUUUAUUUUACUGAAACACUCGGGAUUAGCAAAUGUGCUGAAAUCAUUGCAGUGUUAAGUAUGAAAUGGCACGACCAUAUUGCACAGCGAAAUAAGUGAAUUGUUUUGAUUCAGGACAAAAGUUUUUUUUACAGUAGCAUUGUAUUUGAGGCAGCACAGUGCCUAGCAAAUGUAGUGAAUUAAAUUAACAGCCUGUGUUACAUUUUGGGCAAAAAUUGUUACAUACCAACUUAAUAUUGAAUGAUGUACAUGUCAUGAUUUGAGAAAUUAUCCUACAAGUAUGAUAUGUAUGUAAACAUAUCUUAAGGAUAUUGCAUCCUUUCACUGGAGGUUAAACCCUACACUGGAUAUCAAAUUGAAUUGCAUGUGUUUCACAAUAACUAACGACUCGUUUCUAUAUGCUGGAUGACACUGCUUGUACAGAGUAACCUACUGUAUGAUGUAUUUAUACUGUGAACUUGGGUCAGUGCUUUCUCGUCUUAUUUCUUUUAUGGCAGAAUUUAAGUGUGAUCGUAGACACAAGGGCAACUCAACUAUAUGGAAUGCUGCUUCCUUUGUUUUACUGUUACGGAAAACCAUCAGCAUUUUGGUUGUACUGUACAGGUUGGAUGGCAUAUGUCCAAAAGGGCAAGUAACUUUUAUUUUGUACGUGUAAUGUUUGUUCUUUAUAGGUCUUAAUGUCUUGCAACCAAAGCAAUAUGUGGAAAAAGAAAUGGCAGAAUAAAAACGAUCUAAUAUGGA